CUAGCUCUGGUGGAGCCACGUCUAGAUCUGUCAUUUUUCUGUUAUUUGAAGGUGCAAACUUUGCCAGACAGUAUACACACGAAAACUAGAAGCGAACAUGUCCAGUAUGCAGGGCAUGUACAGUAUGCGCAGCCCAGCUGUGAAGAGAUUAAUGAAAGAAGCCCAGGAGUUGAGGGAACCAACAGAACAAUACCAUGCUCAGCCUUUAGAGGACAAUUUAUUUGAGUGGCAUUUCACCAUCCGAGGUCCUGGUGAAAGUGAAUUUGAUGGAGGUUUAUAUCACGGGAGAAUUGUCCUUCCACCAGAGUAUCCUAUGAAGCCCCCAAGCAUCAUCCUUCUCACACCAAAUGGCAGAUUUGAGGUGUUCAAGAAAAUCUGUUUAAGUAUAUCUGGCCACCAUCCUGAAUCCUGGCAACCAUCUUGGUCAAUCAGAACAGCCUUGCUAGCUAUCAUUGGGUUUAUGCCUACACAUGGAGCUGGUGCUAUUGGUUCAUUGGACUACAGCAAGGAAGAGCGUGUCAAAUUAGCUAAAAAGUCCCUGGAGUGGAAAUGUCCUACAUGUGGACAGAUCCAGAAUAUCCUCAAGCCUGUCACUUCUGCCUCACAAAAAACCAGACAGGAAGCGAAGGAACUAGCAUCACAGAUAAAUUUCCAGGGAGAGAAAUCUACAACGACAUCAUCAGAGCCAUCCAAAAUUUCUUCCGAGUCAUCACCCACACCCACACCAGUCAAUACAACUCAAACUCCAAUUACAGCAACGUCCACUACCACAUCUACAUCCCCUACACCAGACCAGGCACAGUUCACACCUCCAUUUGGACAAUUCCCUUUUGGAUCUCCCUACUUUCCAUUUAAUUUCCCUUCAACAACCCCCACAGGACAAAAUGUGACAACUGGAGUGAUGGGAAUCCCACGUUUUCCACCUCCGCCUCCUGUUAUACCGGCUAUGUUUCCUCCUGGCUUCAUGCCUAACUAUGGCUUUGGUGGGAUGUCUCAGUUUCCAAAUUCUGGGUUCACAAUACCAACAAAUGUUCAAAGUCCAACUCAACACAAUAAAGAGUCAACGACAAAUGUUACGAGUACACCAUCUCAACCAACCACAGAAAAAGAAAGCUCAGUGCAAUCUGAGAAAGACACUUUGUCAUCUGGAGUAAGUAAAGAUGAAAAGGAAUCUAAUAUGAGUUCUACUGAGCAGGUUACUGAUACUGACCCAGAAGUCACUUCUACUGAAAGUACAACACCUCCUACAGGCACAGAGGCAACAGAAAGUCGGACAACUGUCACAACAACGGAGACGACAGGGGUCAGACAGAGAACUGGUGGUGUUGUUAAUGACCCAGUUUCCAUACCAUACACCCGACCUCCAGUUGGAGUGGUUGGUCAAAAUGCAGAACUUCCCACAAACAUAGACUCAAGAGGGCAAAUGUCUACCCUUCUCAUUGCUAUAGUCAGUCUGGCCAUUGCUCUACUCCUUCUCAGAAGAUUCAUUCUCUCCCGUACGUGGAAAUUCUAUUAUGGGCUCUGAGGAGGCUUAAUACAUAAAUUAUGUUGUGUGCCAGCCCAAAUUUUUAACUGGAUUCACCAUAUUUUGAGGGGUAUUCAUCUGUCCAUGUGUGAUUCCAUUAUUGUUAUUAAGUUUUAACGAAAAUUGAUGAACAUAAGCAUGUGUAAAUAAAAAAUGACCAGCUUGCUAUGUUACUGAUCAAUAAUCUAGAACAAAAAAAGGACUAUUACACUAAUAAGGAAUGUUAAUAGUUUAAAUGGCUUCAGACAAGCUUGUUUCUGGGCCAAAAGAGGCUGUACCUAUGAAGCUAUAAAAAGAAAAUAAACAUAAUUCACUUAAAUACCCCUUUUUUUAUUUUCUCUAAUUUGAAAAUUUACAUAGAUUUUGUUCCAAAACUUCACGAGGCAAAAUAGUUGUGCAAGUCUAAAUGACACUAAAAGGGUUAUUUUGUUCCACUUUUGCAUUCCUACAAAGGCUUGUAGACAAAUUUAACACAAUUGCAUACCACUACUCUGAUCUGGCAGAUUUAAUCCAUAUUAAGGUUGUUGUGAAGAAAGCCACAAUGAAAUCCAAAUGCAAAAAUUAAUAAUUUGUAACAAAUGAAGAUUGUUUUUUUUUUCAAAAUUAAAUUGUUGCUGCUUCAAAGUAGUGUUUUUUUUUUCAAAAUUAAAUUGUUGCUGCUUCAAAGUAGUAUUUGUCUAUGUCUUUUUAAAACUUUGCAGUGAUUCAGAUAGAAAAGAAUAUGUAUCAUAAAUCUUCUCAAAUAUGAAGCUGGUGUAACAGAAACUUUGUGCAAUAUGUAAAGUUUAACAACCAUGACAUAAGAAAGAACUGAUUCUUAUCAGAUCAGAAAAUUCUCGCAUAAAAUUACACCAUGUGUAUAAGAACAUAACUGUAACUCUGUACAUAAUGAUAUAUUACAAAUCUGUGAUUCAACAAUGUGAAAUAAUUAAACUCUCAAAUGAUA